AUGGGCUACGAUGUUGCUCAACUACAGCUUCACUAUCAAGUACAUCAACACAAAAGAUUUUAUCCAAGUGGACGCUCUUUCACGUCGUCUCAGUUCACUUCAUUCUGCCGUUCCAGAGGAAUCUUGCACAUUCGCAUGCCGCCGCUCCAUCCAAGGAGCAAGGGACAAGCAGAAUGCUUUGUGGACACCUUCAAAAGAGGACUCGCCAAGCUGAAGAGGGAAGGGCAACCAACAGUGGACGCACUACAGACGUUUCUGAUGGUAUAG